UUUAUUUUAAGAAAUUGGGUGGGUAAUUUAUGAACACAUAACAUGAAAUGGCGCUAAGAUUGAGUAUGACUGUACUUUCUUCAUUCUCUGUUGUAUCUCCAAAUCAUUGUUUCAGAUUCAGAACCUUUGCUACUACAAAUCCAAUUACAAUGUCGCUCAGUGAAAACCCUUCAACUUCUUCAACCUCUAAAAUCAUUGAUUCUCAUCUACAUGUCUGGGCUUCCCCUCAAGAGGCUAGUAAAUUUCCUUAUUCUCCUGGACAAGAACCCAAUUUACCAGGACAUGUUGAUUUUCUACUCCAGUGUAUGGAGGAAGCAGGAGUAGAUGGUGCACUCAUUGUGCAACCGAUUAAUCAUAAAUUUGAUCAUAGUUAUGUCACAAGUGUUUUGAAGAAAUAUCCGACCAAAUUUAUUGGUUGUUGUCUUGCUAAUCCUGCUGAUGAUGGAGGCGGGCUUAAGCAGUUUGAACAUCUUGUUCUUGAGGAAGGAUACCGUGCUGUUAGAUUCAACCCUUAUUUGUGGCCAUCCGGUGAAAAGAUGACAAAUGAAAUAGGGAAGGCGAUUUUCAAAAGGGCUGGUGAACUCAACGUACCAGUUGGCUUCAUGUGUAUGAAGGGGCUUGAUCUACAUAUUUCUGAAAUUGAGCAAUUAUGCACAGAGUUUCCAUCAACAGUUGUAUUGCUUGAUCAUUUGGCCUUCUGCAAACCACCAUUAAAUGAUGCGGAAAGUCUUGUAUUUUCCAAGCUUUUAAAUCUAUCUAGAUUCCCACAAGUAUAUGUAAAAUUUAGUGCACUCUUCAGAGUAUCAAGGACAAAAUUUCCUUAUCUGGAUUUGUCUCCUCAUUUGUCCGAAGUUGUCUCUAGCUUUGGUGCUAACCAUGUAAUAUGGGGCAGUGAUUUUCCAUUUGUUGUUCCUGAAUGUGGAUACAAAGGAGCUAAAGAAGCAGUGCAUCUUAUUACUAAUCAGAUUCCUCUUCCUUCAUCUGAUUUGGAGUGGAUCAUGGGCAAGACUGCUGCACAACUGUUCCAUAGCCAAUUGAGUUCUGCUAAACAAGAUUUUCUUUGAGAGUGAGAAUUAUGCCUCAAGGUUGAGCCUUACAAACAUUUUUUGCUUAUGUUUGAUUUGACUUUUCUGUUCUCAAUCUUGCAUAUGGUACUGCUUUCACAAACACGCUGCGAAAGCAAACUUAGGCUUAGAUGUUACGUAUUAUUGUAUGUCAAAUUCAACAUAAACAAAUUGCGUCACAUAACAUCUGUUUAUGAUGUUAUAUGCUUGCUAUCUAGUGUAAUUUUAAUUGGAUUUGAUUCACAUUCUUUGCAUAUGAUUAUUGUAAAAGAUGUUAUACUUUAAGGAAAAGAUAUUAAAAGAUAUAUAAUACUACAUUCCUCAAA